GAUUUCAAAUCGUUGCUUUUUGAGCUUUCAAAAAUUGUUGAAAAGAAAUAACCUGCAUACAGAAGAACUAUCAGGAGAUGAGCCAAACGGUAGAGCCCUGCGAUGAAUCGGAUCCGCAACGAGAAUCAAGAUCAAACCCGGAGGACGAGGAUGGCAGAUGUACCUUAGAUGGCCUCCUCUUGCAAAUGAUUCAUUUAAUAGAGGACCUGGAGCUGCUACACACGCAAAGUGCUCUGCGAAUUCCAGCAGAAGCCCAAUUGCCCAGAGGGCGACCCUACAAGGCUCUCACUCGCGUUGUGGAGGAGCAGAGCUCCUGGGGAAAGGUUUUCAAGAUCAUUCGACUGCCUGUCAACCCGAUCCUGGGAUAUCUCCGACCUGUGAGGAACAUAUUUGGCUCUCUGGUGCCAGAUAACUUGCGAAUCGCGAAUCGGCAUUGGGAACACUGCCUGGAUCUUAUUGUGGAAUGUGCCAACAUCAAAAGAGAACUUCAAUCUACGAUUAUCUUCAUAGAGAAGCUGCGAUACUUUCUUAAUCAGAGGUAA